CAGAAAGGCGCAGCAUCAGUUGCGAUAGCAAAUUAGUAGAGAGCUAUAUGGAGUAAGGAUAGUAAUUUUAUGGGCUGCAAAAACUUGGACACACUUGCUUCCUAACUGAAUUAACAAGCGCGGUGUCAGCGCGCACAAGCAAACAUGAAUAUAUCACACUCGAUGACCGCAGACAACCACUGUCAAAACGCUGGCGUGAGCAAGCGCGACUGCAGCAGCAGCGAGCGAAUGUUCGUGUGGUCUAUCGCUUCAACGGAAACUGAGCGACGAAAGCACAGCGCAUACAAAGGUAGGAGCUGUGUGCAGAUCGCUUUCAGUAUUCGGUGCGCGCGAACACCCGCAGCCGCGCAAAGUACAAUACGGAGUUGCUGGCACAGUAGAAGCCGCACCCCCACCCUCCCGCGCUGCCUUCCCGCUUUACUCCUUUCGCGUAGGAGAUUGAGACGCCAGUCCCUUUGCGCCCGGUCCCAAGAUGCGCAGUUGGUGCCGCAGCUAAACGUCGCCUCCCCUCCCUCCAACCUAUCCCCCGACCGGCUUUCGCACGACGGAAGACGUCGCGUUUGCUCUACGCCGUACGCGCGCUUUCACUCGCACAUACAGCAUACGGCGCGCAGCGAUGAUUUUAUCGCCCUUGGUCUUUGUACGGAACCUCACGGCGACGAUGACGAUGGCGACGCCGACGGUAGUAAUCCGCUUGGAGUGUUCAGUUGCUAUCGCAAUAAGAAAGGGGGAAAAUUGGUUUAUCCGUCUUUCAGAGGAGUUGACCGCAACACGGAAGUGAAACGUGUAAUCCAAGAAGUAGUGGGCAGCUUCGUUGUAGAUUCACAGACACAAGUCCAUGAAUGCGCACAGUCUUCUAAUAAUUUCAGUUUCGCUCGAAGGGCGAAGCAAUGGCAGCGAUCGCUAGCAUGCGAGGCCUGUGUUGCUGCGCAGCGUAAACUGCACCCCGGAAGAUAUAGGUAUAUCCGACGUGACGCCGCGUGCAUAGGUUGCGAAACUGCGUCGUUGGGGCGCCGGCGGUAUCGCACGCGAGCGCCCAUGCAAAUGUUUAAAGGUAAGCAGACGCGCGAAAAAAGCGUGAGCUGCCGCGGCGCCUCCGAGUGGUGACGGUUGUCGGGGAUCACCUUCGAAAAAGCGCGUUGAACGCGCCAGAAAUGCCAUCACGCGUAGGUACCGACCAAGUUUGACCGCAAGAGACUUCCACGCACGAUCAUUUUAUUGCGAUAGCAGUUAUAUGGACACCCCAAGCGCAUUUCUGCCGUGGACGUGGUCGUCGCUGUGAGGUUCCGUAUCGGUAACAUCGGCCCCGUGCGCUGUAUGCGCGAGCUUUAGACGAUUGCGGCUCAAUCUGGCGCGCGCGAAGGAGAAAAGGGGCUGGGGGCGUUAGCUUCGUAUGCGCUGCGCUUUGGACGUUUCAUUCGCUUGCUGCUGUUGCCGCGCCUGCUCACUCCAACGUUUCGACUGCGAGUUCCCGCGGUCAUCGAGCGAGCUGUUUUCAUAUGUACCUGUGCACGCGUUACACCAAGCUUGUUAACUUAGUAAGAGAAUAUUUACAAGUUUAUACAGCCGAUAAAACUAAUAUCCUUAGCUCGUAUAGUUGUCUACGAAAUUGCUAUCGCAAUCGAUGCUUCGCCUUUCGGGCGAAACUGCGAGAUUUUUUACUACGUUCAUAGGUGUCCAGGCUGCCGCUCAUGUUACGUGUCGACGAAAAUAAUCUGUGAUAAAACCAAUGAUAACUGAAUAUCUGUCCGUCAAUUCCCUGUCGGUCCACUCCGCUACGAUGAAGACGACUGUUGUCGUCAUGGGCAUUAUUUAGUCGUCAUCUCACCACACGUUCACCAUCGCCAUAGGGCGAGGAGAAAGAAAACGUUGUCUACAACCGCAACCACUUUGGAACCGGGCACUGUAACCACUGCGUAAUGGAGAAACUGAGUUUUAACGCGACAGCGUUAAGGGCCCCGUGUCGCAGAAAUCUGGCGUUAGUUUCGGCGUCGGCGCCGGUGUCUACGGCCGAGAAACUCAACCCGAACCACCGCGACGACGCAGGCCUUCCGCGUGGCGUAGAGGCGUUGGUGCACUAAUUGAAUUUCUCAAACCAAAAAAAAAAAAAAAAAUGCGGAAGCUUGCACUAGGCCGCGCAAAGCUCAAGACACAGCGAAGCUGGCCGAUUGAUUGCGUCUCUUGGUUGCAGCUAGGUUGAACUUGGCUAUGUCGAGGUUUAAACUCGGUUGUAGCUAGGCCUAUGCUCGUGUACGUCAUCUGUGCUAGUACUGGAAAUGUGCGCUGCGCCAUCACGCCAUCGCCGCCACCACAGCUGCUGGUAUGACGUCGCGCGUCGGUAGCGCAACGGUGCGAUCGUGUGACUAGACAAGAAGAUAAAUUUGCUCGUUCUGAACAAAAUGGACUCGUCUGCUUAGUUCUCAGUGAACAACCGCGAACAUCGCACAUCGCAGAUGAAUAUUCGAUAAAGAAGAACAGACCAAGCCAGCUUUCCUUUUUUUUU